AUGUCACAGAUUGGCCACUGGCCAAGUGUUUGGGAGAGUGCACGCUGGAAGGCCCCUAAAGCGCGUAAGCCGAAAGUGCAGCCGCCACCAGGCCUGGAUGGGCGUAUACAGUGGCCGGCAAGGGUCCUAGAAGCAGUGAAGGCGCACUGGGAUUCCUUUGAUAGCAAGUUGCAAGAGACUUUCAGGGCACACGGCGCUCACUGCAAGCCAAUGCCCCAGCCUGAGCCAGACUUGAAAGAGGUCUGUAAGCAACACUUGUCGUCCUUGCCAGAAAGCAUACAGAGGCUCCUGCAGGAGCCCAAGCAAGAGAUCCCGUGUGGGCAGGCGGUGUCAGAUUUGAACAGACGCUUCAAAGCUGAAACCAGCUGCUUGAGAGACCUCGUGCAGCAGUCGGUGUCGCUCCAGGCCCGUAUCGAUAAGGCCAAGCAAACAUAUGAGGAGCUUUUGCGUAGCAUGCAGACUUUGACAGAGCAGUUGAGUGCCAAGCAAGCUGAAGUGGAGGAUCUGCAAAAGCAGCUGCAAGUCAAGCUGGGCGAGUUUGACAACAAGGUGGAGCCUCCAGUGGAAGACUCAACACUAUUCGAAGCGUUUUUUGAUGCUAUGUCUAGAGCGGGUGUCCAGCUUGACGCGGAAGCCGAGCAGCGUGUCCGUGCCCAGUUGGCAACCGCGCCAGCCCAAGCAAAGACAGGUGCUCAAGUGCAGCCAGGCAUGCAUGUGCAACAUCAAGGUCUGCCUGAUCAGGCAAUGCCAAAAGCAGGCGAGGCCGAGGCCCUGCAAGCAGGUCAGGCAGGAAAGAAGGACCGCAGCAGAUCCCCACGUGCCAAGGAUGGUGCGAGCCAGGGAUAG